CGCUUUAGAACUGAACCGUUAAUGCAGCGAGCUGUAACAGCAUGAAGGUGCUGAAAGCUUCGUGUAUUUUCUUCCAGCCGAUUAAGACAAAGGCUUUUACGUUUUGAUGUUGCAGCUUUGUUAACGGUUGGUACACGGAAUCGUUGUAUUUAGUAAUGAAAUUCUCCACUUUUCAGCAUUAUAACGUUUUUUCUUCUUAGCUGUAUUUCUUUUCUGGAGUGUGUGUGUCGGCGUUUGUGGUUUUUUUUUCAAAGCGAUUUAAUUGGCUUUGAUAACUAAAGAGUCGGGAUGUUGCCCUACUUUGCAUGAAAAUUUUUCCUCCCAUAUUGAUGGACGAAUUAUUCCUCUCCAUUCAAAUGUUGCGCUUGUUUUUCGAUGCUUCUCGUAACAAGCCUGGAUAACGGAUCUGGAUAAAGGAUAAACAGCUAAUGAUCUCCUUUGACAAACACAAGAGGAGGGAGCAUCUUUCUGGGUGGAUUUUCUGGUGUUUCUGUAACCCGAUUGCAGUCCGGUGGCUUCAUUUGGCUGGAUACUUAACUUUACCCGCCAGUCAUUUUAGUUGCGCCUAUAACUGAUCAAGGAGCCGACCGCAGGCGUGCUUAAAACUCACUGCAUGUCUCACAUCCCAGCAUCAUUUAUUAUUAUUAUAUUUUGAGAUAUAUAACGGAUGCAUGUUCGUUGGUCCCACACAUUUUUCGACAACAUAGGACGUCGUUCACAUGGAAAGUUUGAUAGAUGUUGCAAAUCCAAGAUAUAAGGACGUGUAAGCCGGAGAUAAUUUAAAUAUCUUCGUUGGUGUUUAGAAACACUUUCGCCAAACUCUGUAAGGUUAUAUUUUGGAUAGUUAUUCAUCACUCACAAAGGGACUUAACACUUGACACGGGUUCCUGCAAACGAUCACAUUGACUAAGUUAUACUGUUUUAGUGGUGAACAUUAAGAUCGUGGGCUGAUGGAUCCUGGGAUGACAGAGUGUCAGUACAGUCAGAUCAGCACGGUCGCCUCAUCGCUAAUGGAGAGCCAGCUUGGGAAGAAGAUCCCCAAAAGGAAGUGGCAAACUUUUCCGGGCAGGAAUAAGUUUUACUGCAAUGGAAGGAUCAUGAUGGGUAGACAAACCGGUGUCUUCUACCUUACCAUGGUACUUAUCGUGGUCACCAGCGGGCUCUUCUUUGCUUUUGAAGCGACGAUGGCCAUCAUCCAGCAAGACUGAUGUGAGAUGAGGCUUGGUAAUCCAUCUCUGUCCCUUCCUGGCCUCCAGCUUGACUCCUGCCAUCCCGGCUAUAGGUGGCUUCCUCUUCCUCUUUGUCAUGGGCAUGCUGUUCAGGGCCAGCUUCAGUGACCCCGGUGUGCUGCCCCGCGCCACGCCUGACGAGGCCGCUCACCUGGAGAGCCAGAUCGGUGACGAUGACAUUAACAGCCGCUCUCCCCCACGGACCCAGGAGGUCGUCAUCAACGGUCAAACUGUGAAGCUGAAGUACUGCUUCACCUGCAAGAUCUUCAGGCCGCCAAGAGUCUCUCACUGCAGCCUCUGUGACAACUGUGUGGAGAGGUUCGACCACCACUGCCCUUGGGUGGGUAACUGUGUGGGCAAGAGGAACUACCGCUUCUUCUACCUCUUCAUCCUCUCGCUGUCCUUCCUCACGAUCUUCAUCUUCGCCUUCGUCAUCACGCACAUUGUCCUCAGGUCCAGUCAGACUGGCUUCCUCAGCGCUCUCAAAGAUAGCCCUGCCAGAUAUCCAUCCAAGGUGGUCGUCUGCUUCUUCUCUGUGUGGUCCAUCGUGGGCCUCUCUGGGUUCCACACCUACCUGAUUGGCUCCAACCAGACCACUAAUGAAGAUAUCAAGGGUUUGUGGUCAUCCAAGAGAGGGAAGGGCAACUACAACCCCUACAGUUACAGCAGUGUCAUCACCAACUGCUGCGCCGCACUUUGCGGGCCUCUUCCACCCAGUCUGAUUGACCGACGUGGCUUCAUCCAGCCAGACACUCCGCAGACUGCGAUCCAGUCCAAUGGAACCACAGCCUACGUGGCAUCCCAGCCUCAAGCCCACAUGUGUGACCAAGAUCAGUGCAUUCAGGGCACUAAAUUCGUUUUCCAGGCUGCCACCACACCCCUUCUGCACAGCGACCCCAUAUCUUUGGGCUCUGUGCAGCCCCUCCUGGGUAAGAUCCCGCUUGGGGUAGCCUGUUCGACCCUGAGCUACCCAGCUCAGCAUGCUGCCACUGCUUCCAUGCCCAGCCGACCGUGGGAGGGGCAGGCGUUGCCCCACCGGGACCCGGAGCAGGAGGCGAACCGCCAGCUUUACCCCAAGGCUCCUGGCCUGGGUGCAUAUGGUCCUGCUUCCCAGGACUCCCUGCACCAGGACUCAGUCCGAGGCCUGGUCAAACUGAGCUCCGUCUGACCUCCGACGUCACUCCUUCUGCUCUCCACAGGAAGUGACCUCUGACAGCUGCUUCCAUAGCUCCUUAUGGCCCCCCUAUUUAUUCGUGCUGCCAACAGUAGUGUCAGCAAAGCCCCCCACAUUAAGACUGCUUGGCCAAACAGAGAAUGGAUACCUGGAUCCUCUCUGAG